GAUAAAUCAGUGCAGACGUAUAUACAGACAGCAAUCUUUCUUCACUACUUAUUACCCAUUCCGAAUUCCAAUCUCUUUGCUGAGAAUUUUCUCCAUCCUUUUCAUUUUUCAUCUUUAUUAUUAAGCCUCUAUUUCAACAAAGCUCGCCUUGUCAACUGCCACUUUUGAAGGUACAAUUUCUCCUCUUUCGUUAUCUUACGUUUUUCAUCCGAACUUCACUGGUGUUUGACCUUCUACAGAUCUGUUUGGGUUCAUUUCAAUUUCUUAGUGGGUUACCAGAUCGACCCCGUUUUUCUUUCCUUGUUUCUUUUCUCUUUUUACGUGUUCCUCGUAAGCUGAAUUCUCGCUACCAAAUGCUUCUUUGUUUCGAUCUUUCUGAUCUAAAUUUUUUAAUAUUCUCGGUGAACUAUAGCUGCUUUUAAGCGGUUUGUUAUAUGCUAUGAACACGUUUUGGAUUUUAAUUAUAUGACAGACUUGCUCGCCAGUUUCUAUAAUUUUUUCUAAUAACGAAUCGGUAUUUGUGCUUUUCUUGUUAUUGCAACUGCAAGUGACUAAAUGGAUCUUGGUUUCAUAUAAAAUCAGGUUUAGAUUUUCCUAUUUCGUCCCAUAUUGCCUUCCUCUCGGUGCUGCUAUUUUAAAAUUUUUGAAAGAAUGUAACUUUUAGCUUGAACCCGCAGCAUGGUUAAUUUUUUAGUUCAUUAAAAGCCAAAGCUUUUAUGUGUUUUUCUAGCUACCUAAUCACUUUAGAGCUUGAAGAAACUUUUUUUUUUUAAUUGUCCUUAAUGAAUACUCCUCAAGAUCUUGAAGUGUUCAUAUGAUUGGCAAUUUUUCUCUCUUAUGCGGAGUAGUUGGUUGUCUUGGCAGGUUAGGUUGGUGAGUCGGUAGGUGAGCUCAAUCAUUGCAUCUUGGAAAGGACUGCAUAUGCUGGUCUUUUUCAUUUUUAAUUAAUCUUUUUAGCGAAAGGAAUAUGUCCAUAUGGGAUUGAACAAACUCUACCAAGUUUAAUACUGGAUCUAAUUUGAUGAAACAUCAAUUUGUAGCGAGAUGCUACUUUACUUUAUAUUAGUAGCUUCUCUAUUUAUGUGACUUGAAUUAUUUUUUGUACUUAGAAGAUGAAUUUAAGUUGUCUUAUUUUUACAAGUACAUCCCUGUCCCAUUUUCUAUAAUAUUGUUGAUCUAAAUCAACACUUUAUUAUGAUUGUUAUUGAAUAAUUAGUAGUUAAUCAAUAGGGUUCUGCUGCUGAUUUGAGAUAUUGUGGCCUACACCAUAGAUUUUUAGCCCUUGAAUAUAUUGGUCGUACUGUAAUCGCUGCAUUUAGUCUAGGUCGUGGAAAGUUUAAAGUUUUAGUUAUUUGCAGUUACUCCUAUUCUUACUGCAGAUUAUUGUAAUAAAAGAAAAAACAUGGAAGUCAGGGGAGGUUAAAAGCUGUAAUUUUAUGGCCUUGUCAGGUACAUGGGCAAUGGUUGAGGUGAAAAACACUUCCGCAAAAGCAGUAUUUAUUAUAAGCCUAGCUGGACCGAAGAAGCUGACUUAUAGCAGUAUCAAUAGAAGUGAAUUCCCAUGGGCGAAGGCUUUCACGACUUCCUUUAAUCAUCUUCCGGAGUAUUCUUUUUCUAAAGCUGCUGAAAAUAAAAGUGGUUCAAUCUCCAUUUUUGAGGUACCCAGUGAUUGUUAUAACCCAAUCUUGCCCGGAUUGCCCGAUGAUGUGUCGAAGCUCUGCCUUGCUCUCGUCCCGCGAUCUGAUUUCCCUACCAUGGGUGCUGUGUCUAAGAAAUGGAGAUCCUUCAUCCAAAGCAAAGAGUUUACCACUGUACGAAAACUGGCUGGCAUGCUUGAGGAAUGGCUUUAUGUACUGACUCUGGAUGCUGAAGGGAAAGAGAGCCACUGGGAGGUUCUAGAUUGUUUUGGAAACAAACACCGGCGACUUCCAGCAAUGCCUGGGCCUGUUAAGGCGGGAUUUAGCGUUGUUGCUCUCAAUGGAAAGCUUCUCGUCAUUGCUGGAUAUUCUGUUGUAGACGGGACUCGUUCUGUCUCGGCAGAUGUUUACCAGUAUGAUCCAUGUCUCAACAGCAUGAAUGUGGCGCGCUAUGACUUUGCGUGCGCUGAGGUGGACGGGCGUGUGUAUGCAGUUGGGGGUUGUGGGGCCCAAGGAGAGUCCCUAUCGUGUGCAGAGGUGUACAACCCAGACGCGAAUGCGUGGGCGCCUAUCGAGGGCCUCCGCAGGCCGCGCUGGGGCUGCUUCGCGUGCGGAUUCGAGGGGCACGUGUACGUGAUGGGCGGGCGCUCGAGCUUCACGAUUGGGAACUCACGGUCAGUGGAGGUGUACAGCCCCGGGAAGCAUGCGUGGGUGCAGAUGAAGAAGGGGUGCGUAAUGGUCACGGCUCAUGCAGUGGUUGGGGACAAGCUGUGCUGCAUGGAGUGGAAGAACGAGCGGCGGCUUGCGGUGUUCACGCCCGCGGAUAAUUCCUGGAAGCUCGUGCCCGUGCCUUUGACGGGGAGCUCGAGCGUCGGUUUCCGGUUUGGGAUAUUGGGUGGGAAGCUUCUGCUGUUUUCAGUGCAGGAAGAUUUGGGGUAUCGUACGCUGAUGUAUGACCCGGAUGCGGGGCCUGGGUUUGAAUGGGGGACGUCGGAGAUCAAGCCUUCGGGGGGAUGUCUCUUCUGUGUCACAAUCAGGAGUUGA